AUGGCUACGAACAGUGACGCAGCGCGCUUGUUGGAACUUGCAGCGUCUAUUAGCAAGUCAGCCCAAGAAUUGCAUGACGCUCUCGCGUCCAAUGCGUCUCCUUUUCCAUCCCUCGACGAAGAUGCGCAACCUAUAGUGCUGACCGGGGGGGCCUUGGCCGCGCGAGAUGCCAUUCUCGAUGCUGCGUCUGAGUUUUAUGACCGCCUACUCGAUCCUUUUACUUUGUUAUUCCGGAGAGGUGCGCAUAAUAACAUGGUCAGUCUGCAUGCCAUUAGCCACUUCGGUAUCGCUGGCUUGGUUCCUGUCGGCGGACAGACCACAGUCAAAUCCAUUUCUGAGUCCAUCGGUCUAGGUGAGGAUAUCGUGCGGCGCAUUCUUCAACAUGCAAUUAGCAUGCGUAUCUUUAGUCAGCCCGAGCCGAGUGUGAUUGCCCACACGAAGGUGUUGAGAUUUCUCGUCGCCCAGGAAAACAGAGACUGGUUGAGGCUACAAGCCGAGGAAAUGUGGCCCCCUGCAGUCAAGAUGCUCGACGCUCUCCGGAAAUGGCCGGGUUCUGAGGAACCGAACGAAACGGCAUUUUCCCUCGCAAACAACACCAACGGCUCAAUAUAUGACGCUAUUGCAAAUGAUCCCGACCGCGCCGUCCGUUUUGGGAGCGCCAUGAAGGCUGCAUCGGCACAGGAGGACUAUGUAGGCCACUUACUCGACCAUUACGACUGGGCAUCCCUGGGGCCAGCGCAGGUCGUGGACGUCGGCGGGUCAGACGGCCACACAGCCUACGCGCUGGCACGGCGGUUCCACAAGCUCCAAGUCGUGGUGCAGGACAUGAGCCCGCCGCCGGAUGAGGUGGUGGCGGCGGCAGGCAGCAGCGACGACAACAACAAGGACAAUGGCGCCGCCGGGCGCGUGCGGUUUAUGGCGCACGACUUCUUCCAAACCCAGACCGUAGCCGCUGAGGUCUACCACUUUCGUCGCGUCAUGCACAACUGGUCCGACAAGUACUGA